CGUCACACUCCGUCCUCCCCUCUCUCUCAAAUCAUCAUUUCUGUCUGUAUUUAUUCAACGUCCAUAGAAACAAGUUUAUCAAGGUUGUGUGACAGAUUUGGCGGCAACGUGUUAAUUCUCUUUAUUUUCAUUAUUUUUCAUUAAUUUUUACUAAUUAUAAUGGCACCCAGAAAAGGAACAAAAAGAGUUGCAAAUUCUAUAGAAAAAGAGGAUAAAAUAUCGAAACGUAGCAAAAAACAAGACUUACUUGUUACGCCAGAUCUUCGAACAGUAAAGGAAGGUGGCAUCGUUCUUUGCAUUGGUCAGGGCGAUGUGGGACAACUUGGACUAGGACCGGACGUCUUUGAGAAAACCCGACCAGCAGCUGUUCCAAAAUAUGAGAAUAUUGCUGCAGUCGCGGCCGGUGGAAUGCACAAUGUGUGCUUAACAAAAGACGGAAAAGUACUAACAUUCGGUUGUAAUGAUGAAGGAGCAUUGGGAAGAGACACAACCGAGGAAGGCACCGAAACUAUUCCCAAUUACGUUAAUCUUCCCGGUAAAGUAAUUCAAGUCUCAGCUGGUGAUUCACAUUCUGCUGCUCUCCUCUCAGACGGUCGUGUUUUUGCCUGGGGCUCCUUUAGGGACUCACACGGUACGAUGGGUUUGACACUAAAGGGAAAUGAAAAACUUCCACUCGAAAUGUUGCCGGGUGUAGUAAUAGUGAAAAUAGCUUCUGGCGCUGAUCAUCUUAUUUUACUUGAUAAUCAUGGACGAAUUUAUUCUUGUGGAUGCGGUGAACAAGGACAAUUGGGAAGAAUAUCGCCAAGAAGUGCUGACAGACACAGUAGACAUGGUGUUGAACCUUUAUUAAUGCCUGCAAUGGUCAAAUUUAAAGUAGGACAAAAAUUUGAAUUUGACGAUAUUUGGGCUGGCACUUACUGUACUUUCGCAAGAAGCUAUCCAAGCGGUGAAAUUUAUGCUUUCGGAUUAAAUAAUUAUAGGCAAACCGGAUUGACUGACGGAGAUAUGCAAUUCUUUCCACGUCUUUCGAAGACAUUCAGUGGAAGAAAAUGGGUUCACAUUAGCGGAGGACAACAUCAUACAAUUGCACUCGAUGAUCAGGGAAAAGUUUUCGUAAUGGGACGGAAAGAAUAUGGACGAUUAGGAUUGGGUCCUAACUGUGAGGACGCAACAUCAUUAACGCAAGUCCCAGCUCUAGAAUCUUUUAAAUGCGUCGACAUUGGAGCGGGAUCAUCACAAUCGUUUGCCGUCUCCUCCUCAGGAGAUUUGUACGCUUGGGGAAUGGGUUCGAACGGUCAAUUGGGAACUGGUGAAGAAGAUGACGUAGAAACACCUCAGAAAAUAAAGGGAAAACAACUUGAGGAUAAAAUUGUUAUGAGAGUAACCGGCGGUGGUCAACACACUGUAUUAUUAGCGGUGAAAAAACGAUAAGAAUUUAGAUAAUUGAAAUUAUUUACAACUGCGCGUAGUUGUAACAAAGUAUGUUUUUUUUUGACGGAAAAAAGCUGAACACGAAAAAAAAAUCAAAUUUGUUCUAACUUUGCGCGCUAAAAUUAAUAUUGUGGUGCUAAAUAUUUUUUGGAAGCACAUUGAAACUUAAAUUAUAAGCGUUAAUACAAAUAGGUAUGUACAUAACGUUUCAAUUAUCAAUAAAAAAAAUCUUUAAUAUAUAUUUUUUUUUGAUAAAUUUUUCAGUUUACAAUGUUAUUAGAAUAAAUUGUUUUUUCAUGAACCACUAUUUGAUUGUAUUUUAUUACUAAGACGUUAUCUACGUAUUUUCUUUUUUUUUUUGUUCAGUUUGUGCCAAUUUAUCUUUUUUGUUAGCGUUACGAGUGAAUAUUGAUGAUUAACUUGAAUUACUUGUUUAUUUGAUUUUGUAUUGGAAUUGUUUUUUUUAAAUGAUGUACAUGGAAAUUUUUCAAUGAAGUUAUUCAUUGACAACAAUAAAAUAUGUUUUUCCAGUA